ACUACAGAGUUUCACUACGAAGAUAUGUUACUUCUCUGGACUAUGCAAUAGGAACAAGUGGAGCUGCAGUGAUUUAAGAACUGGAAACCGUUAGCCGUCGAAAAGUUUACUGCUACGAUUUUCCAAAGAAAGUUCAUCCUUCAAAAUGCCACGUUCGUUUCUUGUUAAGAAGCAUAUAAAUUCUGCGAAAAAGCCAAAUUAUAGCGAACUGGAUACUCAUACAGUUUUCAUUUCGCCGUAUCUGUACAAAAGUUACCCAGUGCCUGUCAUUCCACAGCCGGAGAUCCUGAGCUACAAUCCCAUUACAGUCUGGAGCAGCUUGCCGUUAUCUCCUUUAACGAGCGAUCUCUCGCCAAUUUCUGGAUACGCCUCCUCAAUCGGCAGGGUUAGUCCUCCUCCGCCGUCUGACACUUCUUCCAAAGAUCACAGUGGUUCGGAAAGUCCCAUUAGCGACGAAGAUGAGAGGAUGAUCACUAAACUCUCUGAUCCACAUGCGGUGGAAGCUGAAAAGUUUCAAUGUAGUUUGUGCAGCAAGUCUUACUCUACGUAUUCCGGACUACUCAAGCACAAACAGCUGCACUGUGAUGCUCAGACCCGAAAGUCUUUCAGUUGUAAAUAUUGCGAGAAGGAAUAUGUCAGCCUAGGAGCCCUCAAGAUGCACAUCAGGACCCACACGCUGCCUUGUGUCUGCAAAAUAUGCGGAAAAGCCUUUUCUAGACCGUGGCUGCUUCAGGGACACAUCCGAACGCACACUGGAGAGAAGCCAUUUUCAUGUCCUCAUUGCAGCAGAGCAUUUGCAGACAGGUCGAACCUCAGAGCACACUUACAGACCCAUUCUGAUGUAAAAAAGUACCAAUGCAAGAACUGUUCCAAAACCUUCUCACGGAUGUCACUUCUUCACAAACAUGAAGAGUCAGGCUGCUGUGUAGCACACUGAGCAGAAGUGAUCUGGAACAUUGUUAGCAAUUUAUACGACUCCAGUGGAGGAAACAAAGACCUUAAAUACAUUCUUGUCCAUUCCACAGGUCUUCCAGUGUGUUUAAUUUAAAUCAGUAUUGUUUUUUUUUUGCAGCAUUCAUUUCAGCGGGGAGACUAUUUUAAUAGUGCCUUAUUUUAACAGUAUGAGUAUUCAUGGGGCCUUUUUUUGUGACAGGUCCUAACUGAACAUUUCUGGACUUUUUUAAUUAAUAGUGGUGGGGUAUUGAAGAGUAUAUUUUGUAAUGUAUGCCCACCUGUGCCUUUUGUAAAGAUAGCCAAACAUUUCAGCUGCUGGAAGCACAGUAUGCCAAUCACACUCCUACAAGUGCC